ACCUUAAAUGAGCUGAUGACAGAAGAGAAAAGCACUUUCUCUUAGGUUUAGCGGCAAGUGGCAGCAGCAACAGAAGCAGCAAUGAGACACCACAUACUCCUCGCCGUGGUGCUCAGCCUGGCGGUAAGCCUUUCGAGAGAGAGCAACACUGAAACAGCUACUGCCACACCAGAGCCAACAACCUCAACUACAGCUCUAGAGGACAACACUGAAACAGCUACUGCCUCACCAGAGCUGACAACCUCAACUACAGAGAACAACACUGAAACAGUUACUGCCACACCAGAGCCAACAACCUCAACUACAGAGAACAACACUGAAACAGUUACUGCCACACCAGAGCCAACAACCUCAACUACAGCUCUAGAGGACAACACUGAAACAGCUACUGCCUCACCAGAGCUGACAACCUCAACUACAGAGAACAACACUGAAACAGUUACUGCCACACCAGAGCCAACAACCUCAACUACAGAGGACAACACUGAAACGGCUACUGCCUCACCAGAGCCAACAACCUCAACUACAGAGGACAACACUGAAACGGCUACUGCCUCACCAGAGCCAACAACCUCAACUACAGGGGACGUGUGCAACCCAAACCCUUGUGGAACAGAUUUGGCUGAAUGUAUUGCUUUACACAGCAAUUAUACCUGCAGGUGCCAAUAUGGAUUCUACUACAGCGAGAACAAUUGUCGUCAAGGGAAAGUAUUCCCAGGAGUCAUUACGCUGAAUGCUUCUUACAGUGAUGAUCUUCAAAAUGUAAAUUCCACACAGUAUGAAGAGAUGUUCCAAAAUAUAACAAAGUUUUUUGAGGACGCCUUCAGCAAUUUACCAGGCUUUGAACAGACCGUCAUCACGCAAAUUCAAUCUGCACAAGAAGUCAGAGCUUCUCUUUUAACAAGUGUAACAGUGAUGAACCUGUUUACGCACAACUCGGAUGUAGAUAAGAAGGAAGUUACUUCGGCAAUUGAAAAAGCAACUAUAAAUUCACCUGUCUCUGGGUACAGAGCUGCAAACUAUUGUGAUGUUUAUAAUUGUGAUAAAGAAACCACAGUGUGCCAAGAAAAAAUGAUUCCUACAUGCGAAUGCAGAGCUGAUUUCUCGAAAACUCCAUGGGAUGUUCUUUCUUGUUCAGAUUGCAGUAAAAGCUGUUCUGACGAAAGACACGAGUACUGUGCAAAAGAAAAAGGGAUUCCACAAUGCAAAUGCAAGCCUAACUUUGAAAGAAAGGAUGGAGUAUGUGUACAGUGUCCAGUGGGCUACUCUGGGGACAACUGCGAUAACAAUAGUGAACUCAUACUUAUAAUAGUGGGUACAGUGUUUGGAGCCGUUAUCCUGAGUUUAGUGAUAGCAGUGUCUGUUGUUUCAGUAAGAGCCAAACACAAACCAGAUCCAGAGAAGAGGAGCCUGAUGAGACCAGGAUAUUCCAACCCAAACUUAUCUGAUGAGAGACAGAACACAACCUUCCCCAGAGUCCAGACCACUUCUGGCCAUGCGAACCCAGGAUAUCAGCCAAAUAAUCCAUAUGAGAACUGAGGCCAAAACCGUGAUAGAAGCAACACAGAAACCUGAUGGUUUAAAAAAACACCCACUUUUAAAAAGCUACCAAUUAAGAGAAGAAAAACAUCUAUUUAAUUAGUUGACUGGUCAGAUUCACAUGGAUUUUGGCAUUUCUAACUUUCCAAGAAAUUCAGCUUUUCACUUUUGAAAAUUCUGCAUGUUUUGUUUUCCUUGAGGGCUGGUGAAAGGGCUAUCAUGUGCAGCGUGCUACAUGCUGAACUGAGAAAGAAGCUUUCUGACCCAGAGCUACUCUUUAUUUCUUUUCUUCUUUUCUUUUCUUGUCCAAAUUCUCUGUAGUAUGACGUAUCAAGUGAGAGUGGGGGCUUUAGGAUGCAGAGCAGAUACUAAGAAACCGAAGCCGUGGAAGGAUGAUCAUUGCAACAAUGGGUCAGAUCAAACAUUUUCACACCUUCUCACCAAUUCAGUCACUUCAGCAGAAGAGACACCAAAAUCCAUAACCCCAUAUUCUCUGAAGAUUUUCUGAAGGAAGGCGCCUGCUUGAAAGAGAUCAUGGACAACUCACUGAAAUAAGGGGAAAAUGAAGCAGAAGGUAGGAAGAAGAAGAGGACUUUAAAAAGAACUAAUGGGCUCCAAUAAACAUUAGACUUCUUUCAGGUGGCCAGUACAUUGGCAAGUGAGUGAAUGCAGACAAGAUACCAGGAUUUUAACCCCGCUGUUUUUCAGUUCUUCUGGAAGAUGGUCCAGGCUAUAUGUGUGAUACUGAAAAAUGUCAGCACCCAGAGCUUUGUCUGUACUUGUGCUCACUCCAUGUCAGCUAUGGGCAGCCUGCAUGGCUUUGGGCAGAUCAAAAGGGUUCUUCAUGAGAAGAACCCUUCCUCUUCCUCUUGACUAUAUCAGAUACAGCGUUUUCUCCCUCCUCAACCCCCCGCAAUGUUUUCUAUCUGAGAGCAUUCCAUUCAGAUCUCAGCUGACGUGCAUUGUGUGAGACAAUGGUACUCAUCUGACCUCUUACACAGCCUUCCUUCACAAUAAAAUGACAAGAAAUGCAUCUUCAAACAAACACUAUUCUCCAUCUUGCACUACUACAUUGAUUAUGCAUUCUCAGCUCCUGUGGCAAGUGUUAGUGUGUUAUUUUCUCUUCUACUUUUUAUGUUGAUUGAAUGAUCUUAAGGUUGAGGGUUGGGUUUUUUUCAUUUUUUACAUGCACUCAAUAAAUCUGUCUGUAAAAGAA